AUGUCUAGUGUACUUGAGGGACUUCAUUCAGCUGUGGUAAAUGGUGAUAUUGCGUUACUGGAAAAACUUUUAACUCCACAAAAUGUCAAUUAUGUGGACACAGAUAGGCGCAUGACUUUGCUGAUGUGGGCAGUAUGUCUUCAGAAACAUAACAUUGCCGAGUUGCUGCUCAACCGUGGUGCCUCUUUGUAUCCACGUGAUAUGUUUUAUUUCAAUGUGCUUCAUUACGCUGCAUGGUGUGCUGAUGCCAAAAUGAUGGAAAUACUGCUUUUUCAUUCAGUUGGUUAUGUUGGUGUGCGUGCAGAGACGGGAAAGUUAGCCCCUUCGCGUACAGCCGGGCCUAGCUUCAGACCUGGGGUUAAAGCUCUGGUAGACUUGCCUCAUUCCUACUCUGGUCGCACGCCUUUGAUGUUCGCUGCCAUGCGGGGGGAUACUAGCAUGGCUGAUUUUCUAUUUUCGAAGGCUGGCGCCGAUAUUCGCCUGAAAGACUCUGAUGGAAAUACUGCAAUGGACCUUGCUGCAUAUUUUGGGCAUAAGGCAGUUAUUACACUUUUUUUGUCAAAGGCCGAUGAUGAGACUGAUCAGUUGCUUGAGGUUACGCGACGGGGAGCUGAGGACAAUUGUGAGAAGGCGCAGACAGUGCGGCAGCUCGAAAUACGAAAGGACUUGAAUAUUCUUCUCUGUCGUGAUUGGCUUCCCCAGUCUCUAGUGGCGCUUUCUUGA